CGAAAAAUGUGUCUAAACAAUUAACAUUAGAACUCUAAACGCGUUCAUAUAAUGAUAAUUAUAAAAUCACAUUGGGAAACAUCAUUAAGGACAAUUUUAAUCGAGUAUCGUAUCUGUUCUUCAAUAAUUAGUUAAUUGUGUAUGAUUUGGUAAUAUUAUUAGUGAUUAAAUAAUGUUUUAGAGCGUAGUAUAUAUUGGAAUUAUUCAUUGCUCGACAUUUAGUAUGGCUGUUACAUUAUUCGUCGGUUUAUUUGUUUUUGUUUAUUUAAUUACUAAUUAUGCAAAAUUAUUUGAAAAAUCAAAGUGAAGUUACAUCGAGUUCUAAUUUUCAGAGCAGAGAAAGUGUUUUUAGGCGAAAAUUCACUAAUAUUAUGGACAGCCGUCAACACAGUUAUUCCUCGAAAAAAGCCAAGAGAUAUAGAAGCGCAUUCACAACUGAACAAGUAAAUUAUCUGGAGAAAGAGUUUAAAAAAUUUCCAUACAUUGGCAACGCUCAUCGUAGAGAAGUCGCUAGUGCUUUGAAUAUCCCUGAAAGGGCAGUCAAGAUUUGGUUUCAAAAUCGACGAAUGAAAGAAAAGAAAGAAACAGUAAUCAAAGAACCAGAAAUUGAAGAUCAAAAUAAAGAUAGGAAUGUCGCAUUUACUAACGAUUCAUUAAAUAAUGUACCAGAUCUACCAUCAACUAACGAUCAACGAAGCAAUGAAUUGCCACUGCUGACGUCAUUGGAAGGUACAGAAAAUGUAAGUGAUAAUAAGAAUAUAACCUACAAGCCGGACAGAUCUGCAGAAGUUCAGAAGGAAUUUUACAAAGAAUUGUCACCAAAACAUGAGCAAACAUCAGCUUUGAGUGUGGACUGCAUAAAUGUAUCACCUGUUAUGAAACAUAGCAAUCCCCCGAGUUACAAAUCAUCUGCUGAGUUCUCUAUUGAUUUGUGCAAAAAAUACAGAAGUGAUUUAAUAUAUAACAGUCAACACACGACACAGCAGUCUAAAAAAAUCAAAUUGGAGGAUACAGCAUUGCACGUGAUAAAACUGGAUAAAUGCGAAGAUAAGAAAAAUUACACACAAAAUGUUCCUGAGGACUUGUCAUGCAAUAAAGAUUGCAAGUUAGCAUUUGACAGUAUUCCAAAAACGGUUUCCACAAACAAUGUUGGAUUUCAACCUGUUUAUGUGGCAAACUAUACCCACCCGUACAUGCCUGCUGGCAAUAUGCUAUGGAAACCUCUGAAUGUCAUGCCGAUUGUGUCCACUGGUGCCCCAGCGGUCACAAUACCAAACAAUUUACCGGGAAACUUAGCUGUGCCUCAAGAACAUGCAAUACCGAGAUCUUGUAAUUGCGACUGUCAUCUGAACGUACCAAAUCCUAUAAAUUUAUCCGAAUCUGCUCAGCCUCCUCAUGCCCAAUAUAUAAUCACUGCUGUGCCCUUUCAAAACUAUACCAAGUUUUAGUAUUAAGUUGUUAAUAACGAUGCCUGAAUUUUGGGCUGACUGUUGUUAAGAUACCAUGUAUUUUUUUUGUUAUAAUAAAAUAAUUUGUUAAUUGUUA